GAACUAGUGGACCCCAACAAUAAUAUAUAUGUAUAUAAAUAUAUAAUAAUCAACUUAUUUUGUUGAUUAUUCCCUAUAUAAACAAACACCCUUUUCUCAAUUUUCAUCACUAAAGAAUCUCUGCUCCCCUAUCUUUAUCUCUAUCUAUUUCUCUCUGUCAGAAAAAUCCUCAUAAGUUGUCAUGGCAACAAUAACAAUGGCAAUGCUCUUAUUUUCACUACUCUCAUUUUCUCCAACACUCAUUUCUUCUUCCCCAGUUGAAGACCCUGAACUCAUAGUACAAGAAGUACACAAGAGCCUUAAUGAGUCAAGAAGGAAUUUAGGCUUUUUAUCAUGUGGAACAGGUAACCCCAUUGAUGAUUGUUGGAGAUGUGACCCCAAUUGGGAGAAAAACAGGAAGAGAUUAGCUGAUUGUGCCAUUGGAUUUGGCAAACACGCCAUUGGUGGCAGAGAUGGGAAGAUUUAUGUGGUGACUGACCCAAGUGACCACCCUGUUAAACCAAAGCCAGGUACACUUAGAUAUGGUGCCAUUCAAGAUGAGCCAUUGUGGAUAAUUUUCAAACGUGAUAUGGUGAUCAAGCUUAAACAAGAGUUAAUGGUUAAUUCAUUCAAGACCAUUGAUGGUAGAGGAGCCAGUGUUCAUAUAGCUGGUGGACCCUGCAUCACUAUUCAGUAUGUAACAAAUGUUAUCAUCCAUGGUCUCAACAUUCAUGAUUGUAAACAAGGUGGUAAUGCUUAUGUUAGAGACUCUCCUACACAUUUUGGUUGGAGGACUCUGUCUGAUGGUGAUGGGGUUUCAAUUUUUGGUGGAAGUCAUAUUUGGGUUGACCAUAAUUCUCUCUCUAAUUGUCGUGAUGGUCUUAUUGAUGCCAUUCAUGGAUCCACAGCCAUUACUAUCUCUAGUAAUUACAUGACACAUCAUAAUAAGGUCAUGCUUUUGGGUCAUAGUGAUAGUUAUAAACAAGACAAGAAUAUGCAAGUUACUAUUGCCUUUAACCAUUUUGGUGAAGGACUUGUCCAGAGAAUGCCAAGAUGUAGACAUGGGUAUUUCCAUGUAGUGAAUAAUGAUUAUACUCAUUGGAAAAUGUAUGCUAUUGGUGGAAGUGCUUCACCUACAAUCAAUAGCCAAGGCAAUAGAUUUCUUGCUCCCAAUGAUAGAUUCAGCAAAGAGAUUACAAAACAUGAAGAUGCAGCUCAUAAACAGUGGAAGAAUUGGAAUUGGAGAUCAGAAGGAGACUUGUACUUAAAUGGUGCUUUCUUCACAAGAUCUGGGGCAGGAGCUUCUUCAAACUAUGCCAAAGCCUCAAGCUUGGCUGCUAGACCAUCUUCUCUUGUAAGCUCAAUCACAGCUGGUGCAGGCUCACUUAGGUGCAGGAAGGGCUCUCGUUGUUGAAUGUUGAUCAUUAUUAUUAAUUACUUUGUUAUAAUACAUUUAUAUUUAUAAAUAUAUUAUAUAGCUCCAACUUUUUGUCUAUAGUAAUUAAUAAUAAUAUGGUAAAAUUUUGAGGGAAGGUAAAGAAAAAAAAAAGUGAUGACAAAUCUACUCAAUUGUAUAUCAAAUUUGACUUCCAAGCUUUUUACAACCUUAGCUUGUUUCUUUCUAGAUAAACUACCAUUUAAUAGUGGGAUUUGGUUGUUAAGAAACAUUAGCCAAAGUGUUGAUUAUAUAUGUCUUUUUUUUUUCUAUUUAUAUAUUUUUCCUUUGAGAUAUUAAUGCCACCAAGUUCGUUCACUUAAUA